CAGACCUCCUCUACACACACAGCACAUCAGCUCAGAUGGUUCUCAGUUUAAGUUAGCCUGAAGUUAGACCUGAACCCGAGGAGAAAUGACACCCAAAGAGCCACAGCACACCGGGCCACAAGCACUGACUGCAGCUAAAUGAGGUUCUAGGGUCAAAAUGUUGUUUGUGGGAAAUUUGAGGAGAGGAGUGGGGUUCUGCCUUCUAUUGCUGGCCCUGCUACACGAGGUUACAGGCCAGAAACGAAAGACGGGACGCAGGAACAACUACAGGCUCCGUGAUGAGAAUGGAGGAAAUGAUCUGAUAUGCUCCCUGGAGGUGGCGUUCAUCCUGGACAGUUCAGAGAGUGCAAAGAUUUUCCUUUUUGAGAAGCAGAAGGCCUUUGUGUUGAGCUUUAGCACCCGUUUGUCCAUGCUAAAGGUGGCUGGCUGGACGCUGAAGAUCCGAAUGGCUGCUCUUCAGUACAGCAGCUCUGUGUCUAUAGAGCAGCGCUUCUCCACCUGGAAAGACCUGGAUUCCUUCCAUGGUACAGUCAGCACCAUGAACUACAUCGGCCAUGGUACCUACACCACUUACGCCAUCACCAACGCCUCACAGUUGCUAGUGCAUGAGACACCGGCAGACAGCAUUAGGGUUGCAGUGCUGAUGACCGACGGGGUUGACCAUCCCCGCAGCCCCGACAUGAUUGCAGCUGCAGCAGAGGCCAAAGGUCAUGGUAUAAAGUUCUUUGCUGUAGGUUUGUCAGACAUUGCCCAGCAGAGUCAGAAUAAUGCCAAGCUGCGGGCCAUUGCCAGCACCCCUGCUCAGCAAUUUGUCCAAAGUCUAAUGGAUCCUCAACUGGAGGAGAAGCUGCUCAAAGAGAUGAGUGCAGUUGCAUUUGAAGGGUGUCCACAGGCCAGAGUGUGUUUGUGUGAAAGAGGAGAGAGGGGACCACCAGGAAGUCCAGGUAGAAAAGGAGACCCAGGCUUCAGAGGGCUUCCUGGUCAAAAAGGAGGAAGGGGAGAACCAGGACUGAAUGGUCGUCCGGGAAAUGAUGGACCAGAGGGUCGUCCAGGUUACAAGGGCAACAAGGGGGAGAGAGGGGACUGUGGCACCCCUGGGGAAAAAGGUGACACUGGCCCUGAGGGACCUCCAGGCCUACGAGGACCAAGGGGAGAUAAGGGUGUGAUGGGUUUGCAAGGCGACCUAGGUCCUGAAGGCCCACCAGGAUCUAAAGGAGACCGAGGACCCAGUGGAGCUCCUGGGCCACCUGGCGACCUGGGUAUUGGAUUUCCAGGAGCCAAGGGUGAAAAAGGCAUCCAGGGAAGACCAGGACCCACAGGUCCAGUCAGCAUAGGAGAACCUGGACUACCAGGACCCCCAGGGCCACCUGGAGCUCAGGGAAAUCCUGGACCAUCUGGAGAGGGGUUUCCAGGACCAAAGGGUGAUCGGGGAUAUGAUGGUCCCAGAGGAAAUCGUGGGCUUCCUGGUAUCGGGGUCAAAGGUGACAAGGGGAGUCAUGGACCUCCUGGAUUUCCAGGUCCAAUUGGUGUCCCUGGUGUAGGAAUUCAAGGAGAAAAGGGUGAUCAAGGCCCAGUGGGACCUACAGGCCCAAGAGGAGCCCCAGGUAUUGGAAUAACAGGACCUAAGGGGAAUGUAGGGCCAGCAGGUGAGCCAGGACAGCCAGGUGAGAGGGGAGUUGGUGAACCAGGACCCAAGGGUGAGCCUGGGUCUGAGGGGUUACCAGGAAUCCCAGGUCUUCCUGGAGAGGACGGAGCUUCUGGACAAAAAGGUGACAUUGGGUUACCGGGACCAAGGGGUCCUGACGGAGCUCCUGGAAAAGGCGUCCCAGGAGAAAAGGGAGACAGAGGGGACAGGGGAACCCGAGGCCAGCCAGGUGCAGUUGGACCUGUGGGGCCGAUGGGGCCCAAGGGAGAACCAGGAAUCAUUGGACCACAAGGAUCCACUGGACCACCAGGAAGAGGUUUACCAGGAGCCAAGGGGGAACCUGGUCCUCGAGGCCCAGCUGGAGCCAUGGGAGAACCUGGAAUAGGGAUAGCUGGACCCAAGGGGGACAGAGGGGCAACAGGACUUGCUGGACCUCCUGGACUGAAAGGUGAAGGUUUCAGCGGCCCACCAGGACUUCCUGGACCUCCUGGUCUGAUAGGAGAGGCUGGACCAGAUGGCAUCGGUUUACCGGGACCGAAGGGAGACAGAGGUUUGCCUGGACCUCCUGGACCUGCUGGGCCUCCAGGAAUUGGAUUAAUUGGUCCAAAGGGUUCAGCUGGUCAGAUGGGAGCUCCUGGUCCUCAGGGUUUACCUGGAGAGGGUAUCCAAGGGCAGAAGGGGGAGCCUGGAUUUCAGGGGAUCCCUGGUCCCAGAGGUCCUCCUGGACAAGGCCUGCAAGGAGAUAAGGGGGAUCGAGGAUUCAGAGGGGAAAAGGGCAUCAAAGGAGAACAAGGAGAACCUGGAGAGCCAGGAGCUUUAGGACCUCUGGGAAGAGUUGGACAGAAAGGAGAGCCUGGACUUACUAGAGACGAAAUCAUUAAAGUUGUGCGAUCAAUAUGCAGUUGUGCGGUGACGUGCAGAGAAACCCCUCUGGAGCUUGUAUUUGUGAUCGACAGCUCUGAAAGUGUGGGCCCUGAAAACUUCAACGUGAUCAAGGACUUUGUGAACGCGCUGAUCGACCGCUCCUCAGUAAGCAGGGACAUCACCCGGGUCGGCGUGGUUCUGUACAGCCACACCAACAUGGUGGUGGUAAACCUCAAACAGGAAGCCACCCGUGAUGAGAUCAAAUCUGCAGUGCGCUCCAUGACCUACCUGGGCGAGGGCACAUUCACAGGCAGCGCCAUCCACCAGGCCAACCAGGUGUUCAAGGCAGCACGGCCAGGUGUGAGGAAGAUGGCCAUCAUCAUCACUGAUGGACAGGCCGAUAAGAGGGACUCUGUGAGUCUGGAGAGCGCAGUGGCAGAGGCUCAGGCCAGUAACAUAGAGACAUUUGUGAUCGGAGUGGUGAACGAGAGCGACGCUCUGUAUGAAGAGUUCAAGAAGGAGGUGAACAUCAUGGCCCCGGACCCUGAUGGCAGCCACGUAUACCUCAUAGAAGACUUUAAAACACUGCCAGCAUUAGAAAAGAAGCUGCUGAGUCAAAUCUGUGAGGACACAGAGAAACGAUUGUUUAGCUCCAUCCCAGGCUUCAGAACGACUCCAGGAAUCCCAGAAGUCUCCAGUAAUGUCCAAGAACCUCCAUACAGGACAGAAACAGAUACUCCUCCAUUCACAGGAGACUUCAGGAGAGUUCAGUUAGUGCCUGGUGUUCCAGCACCACAGCCCGACAGAGAACCCAUCACUGUGCCGAGACCAAAGACAGAGGACAGAACCCCUUCAGAAACCCAGAGGUUUCCAUUCUUCGACAGGGAGCCCUUCAGACCUGUUACUGACUUCCUCUCACAGUUGGAUGUGAAGAAUCCCUCCAGUCAUAAAAUUAUGACUGGAGCCAUCGGGCCGGCUGGUCCCACUCUGAAGAACUUGCCUGAGAAUAAGACCCCCUCCCCACUGUCUCCACCCACUCCUCCACCACUGCCCUCUGACACCUAUGUAUCAGCUGAGCGUUGUGGUCAGAUCCUGGAUCCAGGUCCAUGCAGGAACUACAUGGUGAAAUGGUACUAUGAUGCUACAGCUAACGCUUGUGCUCAGUUCUGGUUCGGAGGCUGUUUAGGAAACAGCAAUCGGUUUGAGACUGAGAAGAGCUGCAAAGAAGCCUGUGUCAAGUCAUAACAUGUAGAAACAAAUCUACACCUUUACUACAUUUUGUACUCCACAUGAUUUAGCUACAGUAGGAUUUACUCUAACUUUGACAAAGAUGGAGAAGAUUAAUGAAAAUAUGAGGUGUCAUGACUGAAUCAUCUGUAGAAGGGAUAAAAUGUUACAAUAAUUUUCACUGUUGAUCAGAGGGAUUUUUACCUAUGAAUUUAGCCAAAAAGCUGAAGGACUUUGAAGACAGACUUUGGCACAGAGGUGGAUUUAUAUGUCUGUAAUGUUACUUGAGCAGUUCUGUCCCAAAUAACAAACUCUGUGAGCACUAACAUUUCCAUUCAGACACGUAACCCUUUUGAACAUAUGUAAUGUAUUUUUUUUUUACUGUAUUUUUAUGUUUUUAAUACUGUCAUCAAAGAGAAAGCCAAAGGAGAAUAAAGCUGAUAACUAUUUAGAUGCACUGCUGCAUUA